AUGUAAUUUUCAUAUAAAAAUUAAGAAAUUUAAAUUAUCAUAUUAAUACACUGAGUUUUAGAUAUAAAACAAUUAUGAAUAUUUGUGAAAUGUUAAUAAAUAGAUAUUAGCAAAGUAAAAAUGAAAAGACACGAGUUUUUUUGUUAAAUAUUGUCUAAAAAUUGAUGUAUCAUUUAAUUAUCGCAUUAAUUGAUGUGUGUUUACAAAAAAUGUUAACUCAUGUGUUUUUUCAUCUAUAAAUUUUAUUAGUUUUAAGAGGAAAUAUUUAAAGAUGCUUCUUUCAUAAUGAUGUAUCAUAUUCUUUUUAUAAUUCUUAAAGAGUUAUCUUUCUUUUAAAUAUGUGUCUUUUUAUUCUAAAAGAUAGUCAAAGAUUCAAAUGAAAAAAGAUGGUAAGAUAUUUAAAUGAACCUUUGAAAUCGUUGAACUUAACUAUUACCUUUACUUAAAUAAUAAAUUGCAAUUGAUUAAAUGAAACAUUGUAAUUUUUGGUGAUUAUAUUUUUUGGUAAUGGGUUAUUGUAAUCAUAGGUCAUGAACCAUUAUAAGUGUUGGUAAUUAUAGUAUUUAGUGAUAUGUCCUUGCAACUUUUGGUGAUAGUAUUGCAAUCAUUAGAUGAAAGUUGUAAUAUUUGGUUGUCAGUUAUUACAACCAUUAAUCUUCUAUAUAAAGAAUUGUGGAUAAUGAGAAAUCCUAACCAAAAUAACAAUAUAUAAAUAAAUAAACUCAAAAAUAGAUUAGAAAACAAAGAAUUUUAUUGUCAAAUUCAUCAAAGUUCAAUUUUUAACUAAAUAAAAUGCAAAUAAUGCACAAGAAGAAUGUGUGUGAUUUACCAAUAAAAAUAUGUACUGUACAAGAUCUCUUAAAGUUGACAUAUAAUCUUGUUUUGACAGUUCAUAUUUUUAAAAGACUUCAAAAAUCAUGAAUGUAAUACUUGUCAUUAUAAUUUACCUUACUAAACUAUUAAAUGAUUAAAUUUAAACGUGUGUUAUUUAUUUUAAUUAAUUCAAAAUAUUAUAUAUCAUUUAAAAUUUUAUAAAAUGUAAAUAAAUUAAUAGAAGAUGUACAUUUUUGGUAUUGACGUAAUUUUAUUUUAGUUGUAAUCUAAAAAUAUAAAAUAUUCAUUACUUAUAUUAUCUAUAAAUGAAUAUAAACACAUAUAUACUACGUAUUGACAUGAGAAUUUUUUCGAAAAUAGAAUUAAAAUUCUUUAUAUAAAAAAAUAUAAAAUUAAAAAGUGAUAUGUGUUUAAAAAAAUGAACUCCUAUGUGAUAUCGCGUGGGUUCUUUAUCUAGUUAGGUCAAAACUGGUAUCUAAAUUGCGUCAAAAAAUUGUGGGUGGUUUAGUAGUAACGUAAGAGGGUUAGUUUUUUUGUCUUUUCAGUUCAAAUCAUUUUUCAUAUGAAGUGAUAUUCUUAGAACUGGAAACUGCAAAUGUUAACUUUAAGCAUGUGGGAAAUUGUAGGUAUAAAACCUAAAUUCCCUUUGAAAAAAUUGUUUGCCAAUAAAUAAAUACUAUAUAGGCAUUAACAUUAAAUCUGAUAAAAAUUGGCCGACGUUGAACACUAGGCUACAAGUCUACAAUAAUUUAGUUGAAAUAUAUCUUUGCAUAUAACAACAACAACAAAUCGAUUUAAGAAGGAACCAAAUGUAUGUGUUAUUAUAAUUAUGCCGACAAAUCCCGACAAGAAAACAUUAGAACUAGCUAGUUCAUGAUUUUCAUCACGUCAUUGUACAUGAAAAGUUAAGUAACUGCAAACCAAAAAAGAUUGAUCAAAAUGAUGUAAGGGUUAUGUUCGCUUACUGGUCAAUUCACGUUUUACUAACUUAAAUUUGGCCCGAAAAGACUGAUUAGAUUAAAGUAAUAAACCAACAAACAUUAUCUGAAUCUACUAUGCCUUUUGUUGGCGAGAAUCAAUUCGUUAACUUGUCAUAAUAUUCGAUUAAGCAACCGUAUAUAUAUUAAAUACACAUACAUGUAUAUAUCAUCUAUUCUCAAUAGUUUACGUUAUUUAUUCUCAGAAAUAUGCAACUUUAUACGUAUAUAUAAAUAAGUUUAUUAUUAGUGUGCAGAAAAAAAUGUAGACCAAGGGCAUCGUGUGAAAAGAGAUGUGGAUAAGAUAUUAGUUGGUUUUGGCAUAUAUUCUUCCAGACAAAAUCACAUAAUUUCCUUUGUUUUAUCCGGCUUUUUUGUAAACGGAGCAUCAGCUACACCAAUUCUUCAACGAAAAAGAGAUAAGGACGUGACACGGCACCAGUAUAUUAAUAAAAAUGAAAAAAUGUUAGAAAUAGAGAUUGAGAAAGCAUAUAUAACUCAUAAUUGAUAGCUUGUAUAGUUCUAUUCUAUAUUAUUUGGCAGCAGAAGCGGAAGCAGAAUCGUAUGAAAGCGCAGAAACGAGAUUUAAAAAAAAAAUUAGAAAGCGGAUACGUGUUGGAAGCGUAUAUAUAUAAAUAUAUAUAUAUAUAUAUAUAUAUAUAUAUUAAAAUAUAAUAAAUUUUUAUGACUAAAAUUAUAUGAUUCAAAUUUAAAAUAAAGCAUUUAUUCAUUUAUAAUUUUUUAAAUGAUUUUACAAUACAAAUAAAAUUAAGUUGACAAAAAACUAUUAUAUUAAUUAUUUUUAAUAUUUCAUAAAUAAUUGACACACUAUAUUUGAAUAUAUAUGCUAUAUCUCUAAUAAAAAAUGUCAAUGCAUAAAGAUAAUUUGUAGUAUUAGUUUGAAUACUUGUAUGUAUAUAUUCUCUCUAUUUUAUUACUAUAAAUUUUAGACUUCAUAUAAAACCAAAAAUAAUUUUAUUUUUUAUUUAUUUAUGACAUUGUGAUUUAUAAAUGGAAGCGUAAUUCCAAAACGGAAUCGAAAGCUUCUAACAUUUUUUUAAAUAAGAUAUUUUAGAAGUAUUUUGGAAGCGAAAUUCUGUAUGUUUCAAAAAGUUAUGAUUCUGGUUCUGAAACAGGAAGCAGGGGUCCGAUGAAACUUCUGUACAACGUAGGUUGCACUACAUAUUUUAAAAAUAAAAUAAAAUAUAAUGACUACAUAUUUUAGAAUUCUCAUUUAUUAACUGAAUUUCUGCAUACAAAAAUACCCAAAUGUGUAUUUGAAAGCUCAGAGGCAGAUCGAUGUUAUAAAAAAAUGACACAGGUUAAAGUCAAAUAAUUGCAAGUUUAGCCAUUUCUUACCAUGAGAAAGUAACAUAGAUUUCUCUAAAUGGUUCACUCUAUUUUUCACUGUAAAAUAGAGCAACUCUAUAAUAGAGUUGAGUUAUACUUCAAUAGUACUCUAUUUUAUAGUGCAAAAUAGAGUGAUGAAAGAAAAUAAACAAUUUAUUUUAUUAGAAAACUCAUUUUUCACUCUAUUAUAGUGCGCGAAACAGUGUACCAUUAAAACACUUUUGCUUUAAAUUUGUAACUAGAUUUUGAUCCGCGCUUAGAAAACGCCGGUUUUUAUUUGGAUUGUAAACAAAGUUUUUUAAUUAGUAUUUUGGAAUUAGUGUACAUUUUUAUGUUACAAAGUCAUUAUAUCGAAGAUAUGCAUUUAUUUAAAAUGAUAUAAUUUAUAAAUUAGUAUAUAUAAGAUCUUGUAUGUACACUUUUAUAUAAAUGUUUUAUCAAGCCUGGACAUUUUAUCGGAUCCGAAAAACUAACCAAAAUCGACCCGGAAAUAUAGUUGUGGUUUGGGUCCGGGUUCAGGGCAAAGUACAUAUUUGAUUAUUUCUUCAACCCACGGUCUCUGUUUGAUUAUGGAUCCUACCCGAGACCCAAUUGUGUAUCCAAAGUAUAUGGUUUGUGUAUAUUAGCUAUAUUGGGUAUUUCAAAUUUGUAUUUGGUAUUUCGAAUAUGUUUUCAGUAUUAUGAAUAGUUUCUUAAGUUUCGGAUCCAAGUUUUCGAUUAUACUUUCGAGUUCCACAUAAAAUUUUAAUUUUUUUUAUAAAUAUUUUGGGUGUAAGAAAAUGUUUUUAGGUAUCGUCCAUUCCUUAGGUCAGAUUUAUGUAAAAAAAAUUCUUUUUGGAAUUCAAAUAUUUUUUUCAGGUAUUUGUUUAUCUUUUCGUGUAUUUUUUUUGUGUUUUUAGUAUUUUCGGGUUUUUGGGUACUUCGAGUGUUUUUCGAGUUCUAAAAAUCUCAAACCAAUUCGGACCCGUUACAUACCCAAAAGUUAUAGGUAUUUAAAUUAUGGAUCCGGACUCCAAAGGAAUGGAUUCGAAUCCGAACCAAAAUUUUUUAAAUACCUAGUUAUGUCUAAAUGUUUAGGAUCCGAAAACCUAAAGCCGAAAGGAACCAAUCCAUACCCGACCAGAAGAACAGAUGCCCAAACCUACUCUUUCAUAUUAUAUUUUGUGUGCAUUUUAUAAGAGUUAUAUUUGUUGAACUCGUGAGACUUAUGAUUUACUUGGUGGAUUUAGGUAAAUUUAAUAGUAUAGAUUAAAUAUUAACAUGAGACAGUGAAUGAACUUUUUCAUAAUAUAGGACAAAAGUAUAGAAAAGAUGUAGUCUAAUGUUACAUAGUUGCUGGAUUAACGAUUGAUAUAGUUUAUUUAUAUUGGAUGAAAGUUUAUUUAUAUUGAGUGAAAUGAGACAUGUAUGGAUCAAUAUGUCGUAUAUCAUUUUUGUGUAGAAAAUGAUAUGGUAUGUCGUAUAACUUUGUCAUAUACAAAAAGAUGUGGUGUAAUAAAUUAUUGUUAGAAAAAUUUUAGGUGAUUUAUUGUUAGUCAAAUAUUAUGGUAAGACCAAAAAUAUUGUUAGUUAAUGAACAGGUCCAACAACUUUUUAUAAGUAGAUUUUUUAGUACUCCUUCCAUUUUAAUAGUAUAGAUGUGAAAAAUAGAGCGAAAUUGAAGAUACCUUUAGUUGACUACAAGAUUCCUUUCUUGACCCCUCUGUUCUUGAGUUUAAAGUUAAACUUUUAAAUGCCAAUUUUUACUGAUUUUUAUUAAAAACUAGUGGUAUUCCCGCGCUUCGCGCGAAAUUUAUUAUAUUUGGUUAAACAUAAGUUCUGUUUGUAUAUAAUUACUGGUUUAUUUAUUUUAUAAAUUUAUUGUUUAUUUUAAAAAAAAAUCUACUAUAUAUACUGUUUAUCAUUAAGUAUAGUUUUUUUUUAGAUAAGUGCUGAAUUGGUCUCAAGCAGUUGAAACUAUGCAAGAAUGUUCAAUUUUCGGUUCAGUUCCAUUUUGUUUUUCUCGGUCUUUUGUUUUUUAGGUUAUAGAAAUAUAUGAACUAUUCAAUUAUUUAUGAAACUUUCUUUAGUUUUAGUUUGGUUAUUUUGGUCUUUGGUUUAGUUUGGGUACCAAUCGUAAGAACCAACUAAUAUCCAAUAAGCUUUUAGUUCCAAUUCAGUUCUGGUUUUGGUUAAUUUUGGAUAAUUCAGGUAAAAAUCAGAUCUUUUUCAGUUUUGGGAUUUAAUAUCAAAUAAUCCAGAUAAAUUUUAAUAUUGAAACAAAAACUAUUUGGAUAAUUCUAAUAUUUCGGUAAUUCAAAUAAUUUUAAAUAUUUUGGAUAAAUAAAUAUUCGAGUAUUUCAUAUUUUAGCAAUAUAAUUUUUUGGUAAUUUUAAAAAAAUAUAAUUUAUAUUUUAAGUACUCAUCCGGUUCUUUGUUCGGUUGUAACACAGUUUUUCAGUUUCAGAAAUAUAUGAACUGCUCGGUUAUUUGGAAAAUAUUUCAGUUUCAGAUUCAUUUUUUGUCGGCUUCGAUUCAGCUUUUUUCUUCCUAAUUAAUAUGUUGAGGCAUAGUUGAAACCAUAGUGAUAGCGCAUGUUUUGUUAUUUUUUGUUUGCACAUUUUUUAUUGUAUUUAUUUGUUGCACAUGUUUAGUGGUGGCACAUGUUAUUUUAUUUCAAACUUUCGGGUAUUUGGUUUAUAAAUAAUAUUUGAAUUUUAUGGUAAUUUUAUAACUAAAUAGAAUGCCUAUUAUAAGUUCUUAUUUUGUUCUAUGAUACGAUUUUUCAUUUUUCAGCUUCAAAAAUAUAUAAACCGCUCGAUUGUUUGUGAAUUUAUGUUUAGUUUUAGACUGUCUUUUUUUGUUGCCUUCAAUUCGGUUUUCGGUUCUUAAUUUAUAUUCAUGCAUAGUUGAAACGUAAGUGGUGUCACAUGUUUUCUUAUUUUUUGUUUGCAUAUUUUUUUAUUGUAAUUUUUUAUUUGUUGCGUAAUAUUGUUAUGGAAAUAGUGUGUUGAGAUGCACGAAACUUAACCUUCAUUGUAAAUAUUUUUUGAGCAAUUUUGUGUUUUUUUUUUUUGUGUUGUGUCCUCAUUUUGAGAGAAUGUUAUAUUAUGAUAUUCUGGGAAGUCGUGUUAUGGAAAGAAUUUUAUGGGGUUGAUGUUAUUGCAUGUGAUACUUCAUACUUACCAUGGUCCAUGAACCGCGAGUCACCAGAGAGCCUCGUGAAAUUAUUAACCAUUCAUCUCACCUUCUUUGUGUGUACCUUACAUCUACCAAGAGCAUGUCGACACCCAUGAGUUCACUUUUUUUCUUCGCAUUCCAAGCCUUCCCAACAUGAGCAAUCGCACCUCAAUUGGUUUAGGACAACGUUCGGCUUUCAAUUCAGUUAGAAGUAGGUCAUUGUGUCCAUUGAAUAUAGCUGAACUGCAGAGAGAGGAUGUGGAUUUAUUUUAUUUUUGAUAAGAAGAGAGAAUGCGAAAUGAUUUGAUGGGAUUAUUGAUUUUUAGUGAAUCCAACUAUGGUAUUUAUAGUUAUAGUUGUAGUUUUCAGAUGUUUCCAUGGUGGUGUGAGUGAACUAAUGAAUGCGAGAGAGUGGAGGUAGUGAUGAGAACGACAUUAAUGAGAUCAUUAUAGUGGUUGACUGAAUUCAGGGGGAGGGCGUUAUGUAAACCAACAGUUUUUGUUGGCUAAUUUGUUCCGAUCAUACUUGAUCGAAGAAGAAAGACUUUUGGGCCGAGAUUCUGAAAUAAUGAUAGGCCCAAACAAAUAAAUCAAAUGCAACAUGAGACUUUCAUAAGUAGACAACCCAUUUUUCAGAAACAAAGAAUGAUGAAACAACGCCGGAAUAACAUUCGAUGAGGUGGCGCAUUGUGGAGUCUUUCUAGUCAACUUUAUUAGUAUAGAUAGAUAGAUGUUUUAAGCUGGGGUAAAGCCCAAACUUUUGACACUCUUUAAAAACAAGGCUGGAUCCGCCGUUAUGAAAAACACAAGAUUACGAAAAACUCAAAAAAUUUUAUGUGCUGAAAGUUACUUCAAAAAUUUUUGAGGGAUCAAGUUUUUAAGAAGUAGAUUUUCUAGAGAAAAAAGUUACAUUUUCUUUUGUUCAAUAUAUGCCCAGACCUAAGCUGUAUAUUGCGUUGAGUCGACACCACCAAUGCUUCUCAAAAAACACUUGCGAUUUGCGAAUAGAGUUAACUGGGCUUAGAAUGAAACAAUUCGUGGCAGCCCAUAUAAGGUAAAAUUCAAAUAAAUAUAAAAUUACUUUUUUUUUUGUUUUCCACAUUCGAUUUGAGGAAGGGAAGCGAGGAGAAAGAGGAACCAAGAAGAAGGAGAGAAUCUACGGAAGAAGGCGAAGCGACAGUGAUUGUUUCCCUCGGAUUACGGCAAAUAAGGUCGCCAGGACUGUUGUUGAUUGAUCAAGAAGGAGACUUUGAUCAUGGAUAAUCCAGAGAGGUUUGACCAAACGAAUCAAGGCUCUAGCUCAUCUAUUCCAAGUAAGAGGAAAAGGGGUCGUCCUCGCAGUGAUGAGGUCCAACAACUGAACCCACCUGUUACUGAGAAUCUGAUAGGUCGGAUGGUUUCUGGUGUGGUUGAAGGUUCUUUCGAGGCUGGCUAUUUUCUCAACGUGAAGGUCGCUGACACGGAUAAGCAAUUUAAAGGCAUUGUUUUCUUACCUGGCAAAGUCACUCCAGUUACUCCAACAACUGAUUUGUUUCCCCAAGCUAAGAUGUAUGCACGAGAAGUUCCCUCUCUAAACCAACAAACUCCAACCACUCAGUCCACGAAAGAAGCCGGGAAUCAAACUGAUAUUCUUCCUAUGGAUACAGAGAUGAAAGAUGUUGGCGGCUCUUCUGCAGAGGAUAAACUCACUGAACCUGAAGGCCAAACCCUCUCUCUGAUGCCGCAGUUUGCCAGUGAUGAUGCACCCAAAGAUGACCAUACCGUCCUGAGAUCUGAAGCCUGUGGAGCAACACUUGAAACGAAUCCGACUCAGGCCACGGGAUGUAGCUCUACGCUAAGCCUUGACCUCUUUCAGAAUGAGACUAAGCGAUCAGAAUUAUCUGAGGAUGAGGAAUCUCCUAAAGACGCUGAAACUCGUGGAAUGGAAGGAAAAACGGUUUCUCCCGUUGAUGACGUGCCAGAGGAGCUUCAGCUAGAGCUUGGCAACAAGAAAAUGAGUGCUACAGCCACUGCAGCUGAAACUAAUCCUGAUCAGGCUACUUCAUCAAAAAGUGAGCUCUUGCCGAACUUGUUUGACAGUAGAGAAGUAGAUGAUAAUGAUUCUUGAGAAAUGGAUUGCAACAGCAAAGACGCUAUUGUCCCAUUUUCAGGAAUAAAAGACGAAAUUAAUACUAAUUCUAGUGACUAAAGAGGUGUUGGUUUCUUAAUUUGAAAUUAGCAUUGAAGUGUAUGGCUAGUGAUAUGAAGCUCUCGUGAAGUUUCUUACUUCAGCCCAAAUAUUUCUAGAUAUGAGCUUUUGUUUGUAUUUUUCUUUUUAAGAUGAUUUUUUUGUCUUCCGGCGUAAAGCUCACAACGUAAAAUCUCAAAAUAUUAUUUUCAUUUGAUAAAUGUGGACAUUUUACGAUUUUUAUUCUUUUACAUUUCGAAAAUACAUGUCAAAUGGACUAAAGGUAUGCGGUAUACAAAUAUAGCCAUCAUGUGUUUUACCGUGUAAAUCAUCAAGUAUUCUUUAGGGAUACAAAUACUUAAAGCUCACCAAUAAAUAUGAACGAAGAAACCGAUUAUGUCAAAUGUUAUUUUGUUGCAUAACUUUACCAAAACAAAGACAAAAACAAAAGUUUAAGUUUUAUCAAUGGUGGAUUUUAUUUGAAAAUAACCAACUUUGGGAUCAAAAUUAAGUAGAUGUCAUUGAUUUUGACAUAAUGUAAUAACUAACAUUUAUGUUAAUUAUUAUCCGAUUUUAUCCAUUCUUCCUGUAAUCACUCGGUGACUUGUGUUGUUCGAGAUGAUAUGGCCAAAAUAAUAUAUGGUGAAUGACAUCCCUACGCAUGAUGUCAAACGUAAUGAGAUGUAGCCAAUAUUUACCGCGCCACUAUUGACAACGACAGUACCAAAGCCAUGCACAUCACUUUCAUAAUUACAACAUACAUAUUAACUAUGCACAGUAAAGCGUAAAUAAAAUUAAAACACUUUUGCAAUAAAUGGUAUAUUUCAUUACUUAUUAAACAUAAGUGUUCUAUUUCGUAUAACAAAAUAGUAUAAAAGAUCAACUCUAUCUGAACCCUUAAAUAAUAAAUUUUAUUCCAACCUCAGGUACUCCAAGCCUCUAAAUACUAAACCCUAAACCCUAAACACUAGAUCCUAAAUCUAAAUACAAACCUUAAAUCCAAAAUACAGAAUGUGUUUCAUAUCACCGAAAUAGUAUAGGACUUUAAGUCUCUAACUCAGCACACAACUCCUAAAUGCUAAACCCAUACCCAACUUUUGUAUACUAAACCCUAAACUGCUAUCACUACACCCAAACCUCAACCCACACAUUCCAAAUACUAAACCCUAAAUCCUAAUCACUAAACUCUAAACCCAAGUAUAGAGCCUAAACCCAAAUAGAAUAAAACAAAAUACAUAGUAUAGUACAUAUUGGUGAACAAAAUAAAACACUUUUUAUUAAUCAUCAAAUGAAACAAUACAUGAUAGGAUCACUAAACCCAAACUUCAACACCACUUUCUACAAACUAAAAUCUAAAUCUUAAUAACUAAACCCUAAAUCCAAGUACAAACUCUAAACCCAAAUAAAAUAGAACAAAAUACAUAGUAUAGUUCAUACUGGUGAACAAAAUAAUAUAUUCUUUAUUAAACGUCAAAUGGAACGAUACAUGAUAAAAAUGUAUAGUUACAUGCUAUUUUGAAUUACAUAACAUGAAUAUCACAUUCAUAAUACAUAUUACAACUCUUAAAUACUAAACCCAAAACAAAUUUUAAAAUACUAAACCCAAAACAAACUUUAAAAUAUUAAACCCAAAUAUAAACCAUAAUUAUAAUCCCUAAAUCCAAUGAUCAAAAUCUGAAAAUAGUAUAUACUAUUGUGUAAUAUUAAACUAAAUCCAAACCUAAUUUUUGAAUAGUAUAGGCUCUAACCCAACACACAACUCAUAAAUGCUAAUUCCAUAUCUAACUUUUGAAUACUAAAUUCUAAACUGCUAUCACUAAACCCAAAUCUCAACCCCUACCUUCCAAAUACUAAAUCCUAAAUCUUAAUCACUAAACUUUAAACCCAAAUAUAAACCCUAAACUCAAAUAGAAUGAAACAAAAUACAUAGUAUAAUACAUAUUGGUGAAGAAAAUAACACCUUCUUUAAUAAUCAUCAAAUGGAACGAUACAAGAUAAAUAAGUAUAGUAACAGACUAUUUCACAUUACAUAACAUGAAUAAAGCAUUCAUACAUUUCUAUUCCAUACACAUAAAAUAGAAUAGAACACAAUGUUACAAAAACUGUUCAUCUUCUCCGAUCAAUUCAAGGACAUUCACAGCGAGAAAGAUAUGUGUAACUGGCAACAUCCGUGGGAAUCAUACAUGUAACCGCCUCAUAAACCGAAAAGAUUACGGUGAUUGAAGGAAGAGUUGACGAACCUCGCGGCGGUGCCGUUUACGUUGUCGGCGACUCCAUAGAUUUCAGAUGCGCAAAGCUUCCCGUCAUGAGCCAAGCGAGCCGUUGCAGAUGGCCAUCUCCUAGGCAAAGCUACUCCAUAAAUGGUUUUGGUGGUUAUACAGCAGAUAAAAAUGGAGAAGAAACAACUCACGUUGUACAAGGUAUGUGAUUCUCCAAAGGCCACGAUGUAUGUGUGUUAGGUAAGUAUUAUUAAUUUAGUUUUUUAUUGUUUACAUGUUUUACCGGUUGUGUAAGAGGGCAUAGUAGUAUUAUUAUAUAAAAGAUGCAUGGUGUAUUGGUGUAUUAGGGUAUUUAGACAUAGAAUGAAUUAUAAUUUGUUUGAUGGUUAUACAGCCCAAUUUCCCAUCUAUAUAUACUCUUGAGAUCUCAGAUCUAAUUAUAUAAACUCUGAUAAGUGAUUACAAUCAAGUUGGUCAUAGAGUUUUGGUACUCACAAUUUAAAGUUAAAUUCUUAGAGUUCUAUAUUUAAUUUUAAAUCAUUGAAGCUAUAUCUUAAUAAAGUCGAGUAGUUUUUAUUUAGUUAUGGACAUCAUUAAUUUUGAGAGUCGAAGAGCCUUCAUCGCCACACACCGUUAGUGUAACAUCCCGAUACCCGGCCCAAAUUUUUUUUAACGAGAGCUCGUUAGGACUGCAGCCCAUUAAGGUAAAUGACCUAGGGUUCCCUCCAUUUCCUAUAAAUAAAGUUGCCUCCUCUCUUUUUUCUCUCAUUCUGAAACUUGAGCAAAGCCCUGCAGAGAUUUAGAGAGACUAAGAAACCCUAGCCAUCAAGCUUCUCUUUUCCUUUUCUCUCUUCUUCUUCUUCUUCUUCUCUCUCUCUCUCUCUCUCUCUCUCUCUCUCUCUCUCUCUCUCUCCCUUUCGCUGGCGCCGUGUUGUGGUGGUGGUGGUGGCAGCCGAUUGGUGGUGGUGACAAGAUCUCGUCUCUCCCUUGUCUCUUGUUUCCAGAUCCAGAUCUAGGCUAGAGGUAAUUCGAACCCAUCUUGUUCUCAUGUACUCUAUACUUCUUUAUGUUGGAGUUAGGUUUUAUUAGACCCUGUUUGAGAGUUAGGUUGAUAGAUCAUGAUUACUGUUAGCAUGAUAGAUGAAUGGAUCAUGAUGCAUAAGAACCCUCAUAUUGUUAAAUGGACUGUUUUGUGUUGCUGUGAUGAUUGGCUGAUGAUUGAUACUUGUGUGAUUGGUUUGCACGGUCCCAUGUGAUGAUUGUGAAUGAAAGCUAGGUUGCUAGAAAGAAGUGAAUGCUUAAGAUGAUAAAUAUGUCAUUGGAAUAUAAUGUCACUGCAUGAUGUACGUGAAUGAGAUGUCCUUUGCCAUCAGCUGUUGUGUUUGAGCGUGUGACGUGUAUUGUGUGAGCCACCGAUAACAGGUGGCGUCUAGUGAACGAGUAUGAGUACGAGUCUAAGUGCAAGAGAAUGUGAAAGGGAAUGGGAAAUGAGUAAUGAGAAUGUGAAAGUGAAUGAGAAAUGAGUAAUGAGAAUGUGAAUGAGAACGUGAAUGAGAAUAAGAAUGUGACGUGUCAAUGAACUUGCUUGAUGUCCUGUUUGGACCACAGAGAACGGGUGGGCGUCUAGAAUCUAGGAUGUGUGAACCUGCGGGACAGUAGCCUAACACGAGGUACCCGCAGGAGCCCACGGGACUUAGCCUAACAUGAGGUACCCGUGGGCGAGAUGAGAAAGGACCGCGCGAGGGCGGGAUAGAAAUAAGUAAGGGCUGUGAAAGGACGGUGACCGUGGACUGACAGGAUCGGUGUAGGCGCCUUAAGAUCGAGUCAAUGCCGAGUCGUGGCGUAAUUAUGGCUAUUAUGACCGGGUGGUGGACAGUGCCAGGAUGGGCCAACGUGCUGCAACUCGGAUAGCCAUGUAGGAAGCUGGAGGGGGACGAAUGCUCGAAAGAGGCGCCCUUCCAGGUUAGGCCGGAACGCGUAGGGACAUCCGUAAACGGCUAUAGGUCCAUACGUCUAAGUUGCGUGAAGUCAAGUCAGUAUUUUGUGAAGGUGUAUGUCGAGUCUAUCGUAAUUAUGUGUAGCAAUGACUGAGUUCAAUGUGUUGGUUGAUCGCUAGGUUGUUAGUAAGGUAUAUAUAGAACUGUGAUUGCUUGGAAAUGAUGACGAUAGAAUGUUAUAGAAUGCAUUUGAUUGAUUGUAGUGGUUAGUCAGUCCUAUUUUCCGCAUAUAAUAGUAUAGAGUGUCAUGCGGGCAGGUUGGUCUAGAGUCACUUGAUUGAGUAACCCGUUGCUCAUUCCCUCCCUUUCCAUUUCUCUGUGCACAAGACUGUAAGUAGAAGUAUAUGGAUACGAGUGUGACAGUAUUUCACAGAAGGUUAUGCGUCUGUCGACUUUUGAGACUAGUAACGGGACACGUAAGGUUGUCUAAAUGAAUAGACACAUGUCUAUAACGCCCUUUCGGUAACUCCGGUCGGACGCUGGAAGAUCGGGCCGUUACAGUUAGAGCAUCAGUAUCGUGGAGUACCCCUUCUAGUCUCUUAAAAAUGUUACUUUAAUCAUAUAACUAGAUUUUGACCCGCGCUUUGAAGCGCGGAUUUUUGGAUUAUAAAGAAAAACCACAAUUUGAUAUGAAUUAUCAUUUUGAGAUUGUUCUACAUUAUUACGUUACAGAGUCGUAUUAUAUCAAAGAAGGAUAUUUAUUUAGAUUUAAUUAGCUUAUUUGAGAUUCUCAAUGUAUAUUUUUAUGUAAAUUUCUAUUAGGCAUAUGUACUCUAUCCGAACCCAAAAAUUUGAACCAAAACUGAUCCAAAAAUACAUAUUCAGUUUGGUCAAUUUCUAAAACAAAGUACUUAUUGGAUAUACUUUUGAACCCGCGAGUCUCGGUUAGGUCCGAGUUUUAUCUGAGACUCGAUCGGCUAAACAAAGUACCCAAUUGUUUUGUGUAUAUUAGGCACAUCUGGAUAUUUAAGAUUGGUAUUAUGGAUAUUUUUAAGUUAAAAGGUGAUGCUAUCAAAAUUUACUUAUAUAUUUCAGGUAUUCAAGUAAAAUUUUAGAUAUUUUCUGUUUUUUAGUUCAUAUUUUGGGUAAAGUUUUGGGUUAUAUAAACUAUUUGAACUUUUUAGAGUUUUGUUUGAGUUUUCAAAAAAUUUCAUGUUUCAGGUAUUUUUGUGUUUUUGGUUAUUUCAAAUCUUUUCGGGUUUUAAAUAUUCAAAUCGGUCAGACUCGUCAUGUAACCAAAAAUUAUAAUUAUUUUAAUUACGAAUCUGAACCGAUCCGGAACCAACCCAAAUCCAAACUUAAAUAUUCAAAUAUCUAGUUGGUUUAAAUGUCUAAGAUAUAAAAGGAAUCGAUCCAACUCGGCCCGAAGACCCAAAUAUUAAACUUUACUCUCUCUCUCAUUAUAUUUGGUGUGCAUUUUAUAAUAUUUUUAUUUGUUGAGUUGAUAAGACUUAAGAUUUAUUUAGCAUAUUUUUUAAUUUAGUAUUGCAGCCCCAAAUAUAUAAUCUAAUAACAUAAUAUGAAACCUUCUACAUUGAUAUAAUUUGUUUUGUUAAUAGUGUUGAUAUUGGUAUAGCAUGUUAGUUAAUGGUAGAUGUUAUAAGUUGUAGAUCCUAUAAAGGUCAAUUACGUUUGGUAUUAUAUGUAGAUAAAAAAGUGGAUCCAAAAAAAUAUUAGAAUUAAAAGGGAGAUUUUUUUUUUUUUGGGCAAUUAAAAGAGAGAUUACAAUAUAUUUCUAAAUGAUGGAAAAUAUUAUUUGGUUGCUAUAUAAUAGGAGUUCAGUUAUAAUAUCUAGUUAUAUAUAAUAGGUUGGACUAAAAAUGAAAGGGUGCAACAACCUUAUUUAAGUAGAUUUUUUCAGAAUGAUUCUCUUUUAAUAUUAUAUAUUAUAUUUUGUUUUUGUAAAACAGCUGAGUGGUUAACAAAUUUACAUCUGUCAAAAAAGUUUUUUCUCAUCUUCGAGACUGCAUAGUCUCUUCACUUCAAGACGAGACGUUUCUUUAUUCUCUCUUCUAUAUUUUGUUUGUCUUUCUUACUUUUUCACUUUUUAUAAUUUUAUGUUGGUGAAAAAUUUAUGCAAAAAACCUUUGCUGCUGAUGCUCUUAGAAUUCAAAAGCUAAACGUGGAUUUAGACUCUUCAUCGCGAGUGCUUUGUUUUGGUAUUUAAUAACGCAAUGGUGAUAAAGGUGGCGGCCGUUGUAGCCCAUUGUGAAUUAAAUUAACAUAAUUGGUUUGGUAGCCGCGGUGACAACAUAGAUUUGAAUUUUUUCGUUCACAAAUGUAUUAUAAUAUUUAAAAAAUAUUUUUUGAUGUUACAAUGUCAAUGCAGUUAUAUUAUAAAUUAACUGCCACAUGAUAGAUUUUGCUUACUUUUUUUUGAAUUACCAGGAAGUAUGGGUUCUAAUCCCUCCACGACCGAAAGCAUGACAUGAAAUAUUAGUUUCGUUCCAACGGUCACUCAAAAUGGGGACCUUUAAUACAAUAGUCAAGGUAUUUUCUAGUUGAGCUAAUGACCUUUGUUAAUCUCGCUUAUAUUUUAAAGACGCGAAGGAUACAAUUUAUAUAAAUAAUCGCAAAUAAAUAUAUACAGCUCAAUUAAAAAUUAUCUGUGAAUUUAUAACCAAUUUUUAUUGAAAUAUAAACAUUUUUUGGAUUUUAUAGUAUGUGUUAUUUAUGAAAUUGUCUUUGAAAGUUUUCAGUUUUUAGUUGGAAAAUAAUAUCAUUUCUCUUUUUAAUAAAUUUAUUCUUUUUAUAUCUUUAAAUAUAUUUUUUUUUAGUUUGAGAAAAAAAAAUUCAUUUUUUGUUAUAAAAACCUUAGAAACUUUUUAAUUAUUUUUUCAAAAUUAAUUGUUUAAAUUUUAAAUUGCUAUUGAAUAAUUAAAAAAUAUUUUUUGAUUCCUUAUUAACAAAAUGAAACUGUUAUCAAAAUAAUUAUAUUAUUGGAUGCAUAAGAAAAAUGUUAUCUAUUUAAUAAACGUUUGAUUAAAUUUUAACAUCUGAAUAUUACAAUAGGUUAUAAGAAUAUAACAAGCUGAGCUCGUUAUAUUUUUAAACUCAACAAUAUUCUCUUAAACAAAAUAAAAUGUAUUUAUUGCAAACAAAACAAACAAAAAUUAACUAGAAACUAAAAAUAAAUAUUUUUUUAAUCAAAAUAUUUUUUUAUAAAUGAAUAUAUCAAUUAGUAAUUCUUUUUGAAAAGUUAUAUUGUCUUCUUUCCCCGUUAUGAGUUAAGUCUAAAAUUCAUAUCUUAAUUAUUUCUUUAGUGGAACCCAAUAUUUGUCGCUUUUUUGUUUGUAAAGCAUAACAUAGAAAUAAAAUGUUGAAAGAGAUAAACAGAGAGAAACCAAUUAAGUGAUAGUAGGUCCAAAACCAGGUAAUGCUGAGUUCAGAUUUGGAAAAAGACAGAGACGUAUCCCAAAAAGAAAUGAGAUCUCAAAGAGGGAGUUCUUACUGGUCUGGCCCUUUGACGAUAUUCAAAGGUUAAUACAAAGAAAAGUGUUUUAUUCUUCAAACCGUAGUUUGGUACUCGACUCAUUCUUUCUUUGUCCCAUCACAACUCAGUUUUUUUGGAAGUAUAUAUUUUUACGUUUAAAUUAGAAAAUCACUUUCUGACAAAAAAUUUUCUUAUAAAAUCAGUUGACAUUAAAAUUUGUUGAUCUAGUUCAUAAUUAUUCACUGACAUGCCAAAAAUCAAUGAAAAUCUCUAAAAUCCAAAGUCUGGCUGCCAGAAAACAAAUAAUCAAAUGUCUUGAUAUAAACGGUUUAAUUAGAUCUUAAUUUUACGAACCAUAGUGAGAUUGAUAUGAGAUAAAUAGCUGUAGACCAACUAAAUGUUAAAACCUGGUUUACAUAUAGUGUACAUGUGUAUUUUAGGUGAUUCAGAAUCUGUAGGUUCCUUGGGAAUGUAUGGUAUUCAUAUUAAUAAAAUUUUAAAAUUUGAUUUAUUCUUAAAAAAUCUAUAUUCUUAUGGUAUCAAAAUGUUAAGAUAUAAAUACAGGAUUACGGAUUUAUAAAUUAAUGAUUCAUAAAAUUAACAAAACAAAUCUUAUAUAAGUAUUUGUCUUUAAAAAAACUUGGUUUCGAUGAUUUUUUUUCUCGCGAAUUUACAACAAAUUAGUAGCGAAGUCUUAAUUUAAGAAAAUUUGAGCAACAUAACUAUUAGAAAAAAAGUUAUUUUAGUUUAGAUAUUCCUUUUUAUGGAUAAAAAAAACUUAAUUUGUGAAAACAAAAAUUUACGCUUUUUUAUCUCUCUCCAAAAGUUUCUCGCCAACCUUUCGUCGAACUCUUUUUCGUCUCUACUCUAACGCUAGGAGGCAUCGGUGUACGUUAGCUCCAGCGUCGAAGGCAUCGUCUCUCUUCUUCUCCUCCUCUUUUUUUCUUUGCUUCUCGUCUUCUCACCUCUCCUUUCGCCGUCUUCUUGUCCGAGUUUGUGGCGAGUGUGGCGUCGUCGAAAUUCUAGAUCUUUCCGGGGAGGGAUAGAUUCGGCGGUCAAGACCCCUUCUGGAAACUUGACCAGGAAGCUAGGGUUUUUUAGUGAAAGGAGUCGGCUUUUGGGAGAGAUAUCCGACGGAUCUGCGUUUUAUCUUGUAGAUCUGCUCGGGAUCUCAGCGGUGGUGGUGUGUGAGGCUUUCUCUGGCUCUCUCCUCUAGUCUUUAUUGUAUUCGGUGUUACGAAGUGAUUCCUUUGUUGUUGAGGCUUAGUGUCUUGUCUCGAUCCAUGGUUUCAGCUUUGUUCAAGGGAGAAAACGGUCUUCAAUCGUCGGUGAGUGCGCUUAGGAACAGGUGGUCGUGUGGCUGCUUCUCCUCUGCAGGUCCUCUGUGUGGUCAAGGGUUGGUUAUCUGGUUCUGUCGUCUAUGGCGGAGUAGGCUUCACCUCUGGAGGCAUCUCUCCGUUUGCUAAAGCGUCUUAUGGUCCAGGAUUCAUGUUCAUGCCUCUUCGAGUGAGGUUUGGUGUCUUCAGCUCUUCUUUGUUUUUUUUUUUCUCUCGACUUUCUAUCAAAGUGAAGAACAGAGACAAGGAGGACUGGGUCAGGUUCUCUGAUCCGGACCAGUGUUUCUGGUAGUAGUGCUAGAGUCAGUUUCUGCUGCCUGUGACUUGGAGCUCCGGUUGAAGUGUCGAUUAUCCCAGUACCGAGAUAUCCACUUGGACAUUUUGGUAUAUUGUCUCUUCUUCUUUUUGCAGGGUUUGAAGAUCUUGUGUUCUGGAUUUGUUGUCAUUGCAUCCCAUAUUUCUCGAGGAUGUGUUCGUUGGUGGUCUCGGCAACUGGCAGGUAUACAUUCCUCCCCGAUUGUCCGGUGUAUUGUGAGCUUCAUAGACCGGGUCGGUUAUGAGGAUGAUGAAGUUAUCGGUAUCCAUAUACUCUGGCAGGAGGGCAACUAGGAUGGCUGCGGCCUCUUAGGCUUGGAAAGGCACCGGCAAUGUGGGUAACCCCCGUUAAUUCACCUUUCCUGGGAUACAUUUACUACGGUAAAGAACGGUGAACGAUUCUGUGGCGUUCAUAACUGGCUAGUGAACUGCGCCGGGUUAGAUUUGUGUAAGGGCAUCUCCAACCCUACUCCAUUUUCAACUGCAAACAUCAUUAUGGAGUAAAAUCUUCUCCAACCCCACUCCAUUUUGGAGUUAAAAAUGGAGUAAUGGCAAGGGUUACUCCAUUUAUGGAGUAAUCUUACCCAUUACUCCAUUUUGGAGUUGAACUUUUUUUAUUUAUAAAAUGAUCCUUUGAAUCUUUAAUGUUUCUAUUUUUUACUUAAAUAAUAUUUAAAAUGAUUCAAUAACAUGAAAUUGCAGAAGAUGAAAAUGAGCGUGAACUUGAUGCACCAAUUGAACUUGAAAGAGAAGCUCCACCUCCAGAUAUUGAAAUUGCAGAAGAUGAAAAUGUCCGAUUUUAAAAUUUUCUUGCUCGAUUUAGGAAUAUCAAAAAUAAAGAAGCUCAUUUUUCAUUACGAAAUGCAUUAGUUGAUCAUUUGUGGGAAAAAUAUUCUAAUGCUCAUUGUUGAACCUAUAUAUAUGUUGUCUUUUUUAAUGAUUUCUUGUACUUUUUAAUAAUAAAUAUUUAAUUCAAAUAA